AUGUCCCGGUCUGUGAGUUUCAGCUCUCGCUCUGUGGCCGUCCCAGGCAUCAGCCAAGUGCGGGUCAGCACCGUCUCCUCGACCCGUGGACUAGGAGGGGGUGCCGGCUUAGGCAGGGCCGGUGGCUUUGGCAGCUCCAGCUACACCCCCGGCCCCGCCAACAAGCGGAUCUCCCUUGGAGGUAGCAGCUCCUACGGCAUCCGCUCUGGAUACGGCUCUGGAGGCAGCUAUGGAGGCAUGGGCUUCGGUGGGGCGGUCAGCCCCGGGGGCAUUCAGGAGGUCACCGUCAACCAGAGCCUCCUGACGCCCCUGAAUCUGGAGAUCGACCCCACCAUCCAGCGCGUGCGCAAGGAGGAGAAGGAGCAGAUCAAGACGCUCAACAACAGAUUCGCCUCCUUCAUUGACAAGGUCCGGUUCCUGGAGCAGCAAAACAAAAUUUUGGAGACCAAAUGGAGCCUCCUCCAGGACCAGAAGACCUCCCGGAGUAACAUUGCUCCCAUGUUUGAGACAUACAUCAACAACCUGCGGCGUCAGCUGGAUGGGUUGUUGAAUGACAAAGGGCGUUUGGAGGGCGAACUGAAGAACAUGCAGGAUCUUGUUGAGGAUUUCAAGACCAAGUAUGAAGACGAAAUCAACAAGCGCACUGCAGCGGAGAAUGAGUUUGUGGUGCUCAAGAAGGAUGUGGAUGCCGCCUACAUGAACAAAGUGGAGCUGGAGGCCAGGGUGGAUUCGCUGACGGAUGAGAUUAACUUCCUGAGGUCUCUCUACGAAGCGGAACUUCACGAGCUGCAGGCCCAGAUCUCUGACACCUCUGUGGUGCUGUCUAUGGACAACAACCGAAACCUGGACCUGGACAGCAUCAUCGCAGAGGUCAAAGCGCAGUACGAGGAGAUUGCCAACAGGAGCCGGGCGGAGGCCGAGUCCUGGUACCAGAGCAAGUACGAGGCACUGCAGGUCACUGCUGGGAAACACGGAGACGACCUGCGCAACACGAAGAAUGAGAUCACAGAGAUGAACCGCGUGAUCCAGAGGCUGCAGGGUGAAAUCGAAAACGCGAAGGCCCAGCGUGCCAAGCUGGAGGCAGCCAUUGCUGAAGCUGAGGAACGUGGUGAGCUGGCUGUCAAAGAUGCCAGGGCAAAGCUGGAGGAGCUGGAGGCCGCCCUGCAGAAGGCGAAGCAGGACCUGGCCCGGCAGCUCCGCGAGUACCAGGAGCUGAUGAACGUCAAGCUGGCCCUGGACAUCGAGAUCGCGACCUACAGGAAGCUGCUGGAGGGCGAGGAGAGCAGGUUGGCUGGUGAUGGAGUUGGCAGCGUCAACAUCUCCGUGGUCAGCUCCAGCGGUGGAGGUGGCUAUGCCAGCUCCAGCGGGAUCCUGGGGGGAGGAAUCGGAGGAGGCCUGAGCCUGGGAGCAGGCAUGGGCAGUGGGGCGCUCGGCUUCUCCCCCGGGGGCGGCUCCAGAUCCUACUCCAUCACCACGACCUCGUCCAGCAGGAGAAGCUUCAGGAAGUAACGACAGGAACGGAGAUCAGCGGUACCCGUUACAUGGGAGGAGGGAAACCAGAGAAAGAAAAGUUUUGUUGCCUUUUAUAGGACAAAUUGGCCACAAAAUUUCUACAGUGAUGAAUGAAUUGGAAUAAGACACACCAGAGUACCUGACCCUGCCGCAGCACGCCUAAGGCUUGAUCCUGCACUGUUGACCUUGGUGGGAACCGUUCCACCGAGAGCAGGUUCAAGCCUGUGGGGUGAAAUUUAUCCAGCGAAGCAGGCGGGAGAACGCUUUUGUUACUUGUGUGCUUGGUACCCCCUGCUCAGGGCUGGAUUUCACCCUUUGAAGGGCAAAGCAAUCAUGUGAGUGGCAAGCUAUUCCACGUUUCUGCUGUGGUUUUGCAAAAGAGACCAGAGG